UUACCACCUUCCAGAGAACUCUCUGUAGCAUCCAUGAGUCAGACAAGUGGUGGUGAGGCAGGUUUGCCCCGUCCGGGUGUAGUUGCUGCUGCAGCCUUUAUCUGCCAUUUGGAUAUGACCCAAAGAGGAUUCUUCUCCCCAGACAUGGGACAAGCUGAAGUCUCAGUUGAAACUUUGGGUCAGGGCAUUUAUGUGGCUCUGCUCCUUCCCUGCAAGCAAAUCAAAAGGCACAAAAAGAGUAUAUUGUAGUCCCUGGCAAGCAGAGCUUUAGGGGGACCUAGCCUUUGAAAACGCUGGAAUUCUGGAUAGCCUCCAUUCAUGUUGGUCACAGCAUUUCUCCUGGAGGGGCCAGUUCUUCCCAGGAGUUCCAGUUUCAGAGUGUAGGUCAUGUGCCCCUUCCCUGUACACUCUCCUUCCUCUAAAGAAGCCGCUUGACUUCACUUUUGUAGCUGGGUUUAGUAAGCUACCCAAAACCUGGAUGAAGAGGUCAUUCUGGUUGUCCCUUAGCCAUGUCACAGUCCUCUAAGAUCCGCACUUGUUGGCGAAGAGGGGGAGCCUAGGCUAGCCCCCACAUGAACACUCAAGCUGUUGUGCUUUCUGUACAGAGCUAUUGUGCUUGACCUUUUUUCCUGCAGAAAUAAUAUGCCUGAGGACAUUCUCCCUGCUACUAAGAAAAUAAUGGGAGUCACAACCAUGGCUGUGUAUAUGUGCUUAUGAGGCUGGAAUUGUUUUUAAAAGGGAACCAAGAGUCACUUCCGCUCAUUCUAGUCAUUCUAUCAGGCAGACAAUAGAUGCCAAGCAGUUACAUUGUCAAGUGGCUGCGAGGGGAAGGUGACCUUGGGAGAUCCAGAACUGCAGGAGCCUAUUCCUUUAUGUCCUAAAAAUAAAUUCCUUAUUAUUUUGUGUGAAUCUAUUGUAUCUGCUCUUAUUUCUCCUGAAAUGAAAGAGGUUUUUAAAAAUAAUAAUAGUAGGAACCCAAAUUUGUCACUUUAGCCAACCUUUUUUAAAGCUGGCUGCAGCAUCUUCACAAAGAACUAAGGAAGUAUUCUGUGUUUUGACUACAUGUAGAGCUCCCUCUCCCUUAUUUAAGCUGUAUGACGCAGUUGCCUUUACUGGUGCCAUUGACUAGAUUAAGAGAUGAGGGCUGAUGAAAAAUAUUUUCCUCAUUUAAGACUUAACUUCAUUUGUUCUCUGCUUCCCUAGCCACAGGGUGACACAGUAUCUGGCUGCAAAUCAGAUUGCCCCAGGUGUUUCUUUCAAUGCUUUGAUCUGAGGUUCUGGGAUAAAUAAACGGGUUACAUAAAGAUUUGCUGCAGUUAACUUCAGAUUUCUGGAGGAACAGGAUUGGCUGCUUUCAGGAUUUGCCUCUGAAGCAGGGAGUGUCUGCAUUAAAAAUGACCUGUAGUUCUCUGCUUCAUAGAUGCUUCUUCAGCUCCCUCCUCUUCCUCCAUGGGCGGUGCUUGCAGCUCCUUUACCACCUCUUCCAGUCCCACCAUUUACUCUACCUCAGUCACUGACAGCAAAGCUAUGCAAGUGGAGAGCUGCUCCUCAGCCAUGGGGGUAAGUAACCGAGGGGUAAGUGACAAGCAGUUAACCAAUAACACAGCCCAGCAGCAGCAACAGUCCACGCCGAAGAGGCACACAGUCCUGUACAUUUCGCCGCCACCGGAGGAUUUGCUGGACAACAGCCAGAUGUCCUGCCAGGAUGAGGGGUGUGGAUUGGAGUCCGAGCACAGCUGCAGUAUGUGGAUGGAGGAAUCCCCCUCCAACUUCAGUAACAUGAGCACCAGUUCCUACAAUGAUAACACUGAGGUGCCACGUAAAUCACGAAAACGAAAUCCAAAGCAGAGGCCGGGGAUCAAACGGCGAGAUUGUGAAGAAUCAACCAUGGAUAUCUUUGAUGCUGACAGUGCCAAAGCGCCUCAUUAUGUCCUUUCUCAGCUCAGCACGGACAGCAAAAGCAACUCGAAAGCAGGAAAUGGAACAUCAGAAGCCCCAAAAGCAGCUGGAGGGAAGAAGAGCCCUAUGCUAUGUGGACAGUAUCCUAGUAAAAGCGAAGGCAAGGAGCUGAAGAUAGUGGUGCAGCCAGAGACCCAGCACAGAGCUCGCUACCUAACGGAGGGCAGUCGGGGCUCGGUGAAGGACAGAACACAGCAAGGAUUCCCCACCGUAAAGCUGGAGGGUCACAAUGAGCCUGUGACACUGCAGGUGUUUGUGGGGAAUGACUCUGGUCGGGUGAAGCCUCAUGGAUUUUACCAGGCCUGCAGGGUUACAGGACGAAACACCACGCCCUGCAAAGAAGUAGACAUAGAGGGCACCACUGUCAUCGAGGUGGGCUUGGAUCCAAACAACAACAUGACCCUGGCGGUGGACUGCGUUGGAAUACUGAAGCUGAGGAAUGCAGAUGUUGAAGCUCGAAUAGGCAUUGCCGGUUCCAAGAAAAAAAGCACUCGGGCCAGGCUAGUGUUCCGUGUUAACAUCCCUCGGAAGGAUGGCUCCACUCUGACCCUGCAGACACCGUCCUUGCCAAUUUUGUGCACUCAACCAGCAGGUGUACCAGAAAUUCUAAAGAAAAGCCUGCACAGUUGUUCAGUGAAGGGAGAAGAGGAAGUCUUUUUGAUUGGCAAGAACUUUCUGAAGGGAACAAAAGUGAUCUUCCAAGAGAAUAUGUCUGAUGAAAGUUCUUGGAAAGCAGAAGCAGAAAUUGACAUGGAAUUGUUUCAUCAGAAUCAUCUAAUUGUGAAGGUGCCACCAUAUCACGACCAGCAAAUAACAUCACCUAUAUCUGUGGGGAUUUAUGUGGUGACCAAUGCCGGAAGAUCACAUGACAUACAGCCAUUUACGUACACUCCUGAUGCAUCUGGUACUCUGAAUGUGAGUGUGAAGCAGGAAAUAUCCAGCCCGACCCAGCCUUGCUCUUUUGAUGAAGCUAUCAAAGUGAACACCAGUGGCUGUAACCUGGACAAGGUAAAUAUUCUUCCCAGUGCCUUGAUAACGCCACUCAGGCAAAGCAGUGGGAUUAAGAGUGAAGAGGCUGCUCCAAUGGCACUUGCAGCUGAAAAAAGGGCUCCUUCAGUCUUUAAAGCAACCAGUGUAGUUGGACCAUCUCAAGCAACGUUAGAGACCAGCAUGUCCAGCAUAUUAGGGAAUGGCACUUUCUCCUCUUCUGCUUCUCAUUUAGCUUCAGAGAGUGAAGAUCAGCAGCUGCAAGCAAAGGUGUAUACUCCGGAGGCAAUGCCCUCCCUCCAGGCACAGGACAUGGCACAAUCUGGCGGCUUCCAAGCAGUCUCCACUCCCAGCCAGCUGCAGAACAGCGACACCUUGUUGCAGCAGGCAUCCCAGUUCCCCUCAAGGGAGUCCCAGCCGAGAGAUGUGUUGCAGUCAGACAGUGCAGUCAUGACUUUGUCUCAGUUGACGGAGGCAUCCCAGCAGCAGUCACCACUCCAAGAAUCAGCACAGGCAUUGCAGCAGCAGAUCUCCUCAAACAUGUUUUCAUCGGCCAACGGAGUGAGUCAACUGCAGAACACAAUACAGCAACUGCAAGCGGGGAACUUUCAGUCCAGCACGGCCAGCAACGGCAGCAGCGGAAAUGUGGACUUGGUCCAGCAGGUCCUGGAAGCCCAGCAGCAGCUGUCAUCUGUCUUGUUUUCUGGCUCUGACAACGAGGAUGUCCAAGACCAGAUCAAUGUAGAGAUUUUUCAGCAGGUUAGCCAGAUCCAAAAUGGAGUCAACCAGGGGAUGUUUUCCUCCUCUGACUCUGUCCAUUCAAGGGCUGAGGACCUUCUCUCUGGGAGAACCGAGAGUGUCCAUCCACAGCCUGAAAGUUCUUUGUCCAGUCAGCAGCAGCAACAACAAGCAAUGGAGACUUCUGCAGCUCUGGUGAUUGAGAUUCAGCAAGGCCUCUGCCAGGCAGCCAGUCAGAUGCAGUCGGAAUUGUUCUCAUCCUCCUCUUCAGGAAACAGAAACAUGCAGCAGUCCCCAGUGUACCAACAAGCUUCCCACAUGAUGGGUGGGCUGCCGACAAACGAAGACAUGCAAAUGCAGUGUGAGCUGUUCUCUCCCACUAGUGCUUCCAGUAAUGAAUCUGGUACUCCACCCCAGCAGCAGCAGCAGCAGCAGGUGGUGCCUGCCAACGGCCCGGCCAUGUUUCAGUCUUCUGGUUCUGCCGAAGGUGAAGAAGCUUCAGGACAGGCAAAACAGAUGCAGAGCAAUGUCUUUCAAGCUAUGGUCCAAAUGCAGCACAGUGGGGAGAGCCAGGUGCAGGUUAGCCUCUUCUCUUCCUCGGAAAGCAUGAUGGCAGUUCAGGGCAGUACAGCACAGCAGCAGCAGCAGCAGCAGCAGGGGGGGAACCUCUUUCAGCAGAGUGGGGAGAUGAUGUCUCUCCAGCCUGGCAGCUUCCUGCAGCAGGCUCCCCACUCGCAGGCGCCACUGUUCCACUCGCAGAGCCCCAUUGGAGAUGCCCAGAACAUCUCCCAAGAGACCCAAGGCACUCUUUUCCACAGCCAGAGCGCUGCCUCAUCCUCAGAGCAGCUGCAGCCGCCGAUGUUCCACUCCCAGGGUGCCAUGGGGGUGGUUCAGGACCAGCAGGCAGGCAGCCUGUUUCUCUCCCAGAGCUCAGUUGCACAGGAGGAACAGAUGCCCUUCUUCGCCACACCAACUUCCAUUUCUCCACUGCAGACACCUGCCGGUGCUGAGCAGCAGCCUUCAUUCCAGCAGCAGCCGCCACCGCCGCCGCCGGCUCAGCUUUCGCACCUCCAGAGCCCUAUGCUUACCCAGGAGCAGUCCCAGCAGCAGCAGCAGCAGCAGCAGAGCAUGUUCCAAGGACAGGUGCCCCCCAAUCAGCAAGGGGCCAUGUUCCAGCCCCCACAUCCAAUGGUGGCUCUUCAGAGUAACGCCCCUUCCCAAGAGCAGCAGCAGAGUAUCAGGUUCAGCAGCCAGAAUGCAAUGGGCCCCAUCCCGUCCCAGAAGCAGAACAUGAUGUUCAGUCCUGGCCCAAUGGGUAGCCAGGAGCAGCAGCAGCAACAGCAGAACCAGUCUCUCUUCCACCCACAAAGCAGCAUGACGCCCAUGAAUCAAGACCAGCAGCCCAUGCAGUUCCAGAGCCAAAGCCCAGGCUCUAAUCAAGCUGAGCCACAGCAGCAGCCUGCCUUAUUCCACAGCUCCCCCCAGAUCCAGCUGGUCCAAGGGUCCCCCAGCGCUCAAGAGCAGCCCGUCACUCUCUUCAUCUCGUCGGCUUCUUUGUCUGCCCUGCAGAACAGCAUGAGCCAGCAAGAGUUGCAGCAGCCCCCCCUCUACUCCACACCAAACAAUAUGGCUGGCAUCCAGGGGGCUUCAACAGUCCCCCAGCAGCAGCAGCCGCCGCCGGCGCCGGCUUUGUUCCACAAUACACCUGGAGGUAGUUCCAUCAGCCAGCUGCAGACCUCCUCGGCGCCAUCUCGACAGACCUCUGGAAUAUUCCUCUUUGGCAUCCAAGACAAUUGUGGCCCGCUCUUAACAUCUGGACCAGCUUCAAUGUCGGAACAGAUGAUCACAAUAAGCCAGCCACAGGGUGAGGCACAGUCAUCUGUCACAACUCUCCUAUCUCAGCAGAUGUCUGAGAGCCCUCAGCUGUCUUCUGCUAUGACCACCAAUCAGAACAUGAAGAAGAUUGAUGACCUGCUAGUGUCGCUACAGAACCAGGGGAACAGCAGCAUGGCCGGCUCCUUCUAACUGGCCCGAAAUCCUGUAAUGGACAAGCAGAUUUGCAAGACUCCUUUAGCUCUUGUGACUCUGGAAUUUAGGGUGUUUGGAGUUAAAUUUCCUGUGUCAAAGUGCGGCCUUGGACCCAAGGGAAAACGUAGCCUUCACCAUCACUUUGGAAGAGCCUCCAUGCUGAGCCUGAUGAGAAAUGGCUGCUGAGCAAGAUCAUUGGAGAGAGACUUCGUGGAGCUGAAAGAAGCUGAAGAGGCUCUGCUUUGUGUUGCCCAGGUCUGAGUUGGACAGUGGCCCCCAUUUCUAGCCUUGCUGUGAGGACGCAGAGCGCAGCUGCUCAGCUUUCAUUGCAGCUUGGCCAGGAAAGAGCCUGGGACUGUCUCUCCCCCCUCUCUUCCAGUCCUUCUUCACAACUCUUCUAACAGGCUGCAAAGCACAGAGGAUAUUCUGUGUCCUAAAAUAAUUUGGUUGUGCAGAUAGCUGAUCCACACAUUUGUGCUCAUCCCUUGGUGACUCAGUCACUUGAUUUGCAGCUGUAAAUGGUUUCAACUGAAAAAUGUUGCUUGAGGCGAUGAGAGGUGACUCGAGUGUUUAGUCCACAAUCAUAAAUUUCACUCCUGCCAGCCAUUGCUUCAUGCCGCAGUUACCAAGUGUUGAACAGACCAGUGUGAAGAGGGUCUCUCUGAUAAAUGGGAGCUGGUGCUGCCAGCUUCAUAACAGUAUGGAGGAAGCUGUGAAUUGGCGCCUAGGGAGGUGGCUUCAUAAACUGGCCAUGAGGCACAGCCAGACAGUGGGAGCGGGUGGGGGGGGGAUAUUCAGUAAUGUGACUGCAGCUUCCUGAAGGACUGGGUGUAGCUUGGUAGGGCUACUCUAAGGGGCACUUUUCAGAGCCUCUAGUGCUCUGCCCAUCUCCUCUUUCAGAAGGGAGCAGUUUGUUGGGCUGAGGAAUGGACCCCUUGUUGAGUCUUGCUUUGAUAAGCUGAAUCCCCUUUGUGUCUCCCCCCUCUUGUUUUAAAUAUGCUGCCACCUGUCAAAAUCUGAAUUAGCCUUUUAGGAAGCCAGAAAGCCCAUUGCCGUGGGGAUGGAACAACUAAGUUGGUAGUUGCAUCCUUGGUCUGUGGAGGUGAGGGAAGAGAGUCUUUGUGGGCAUGCUGGUUUCUGCUUCUCAAGCCCUUUCCUAAUUGGUGCUGGUGUAAAGUCGUGCGUUUAAAACCACACUGGAGAGGGGAUGGCAGCCCCUCCCAGGCCUGGGAGCAGUGCUUCUGUAGUCGAUCUGAGGCAGGUCACAGCCUCCUUUCAAACACACAGAUGCUGACAGUGAAUUUGCGCCUGUUUUGGCAUAAAAGAGAUGCUCUUCAGAGCACCAAGGGGCAAACUCCACUUCAGGUGCUCUUCAGCCUUCCACUUCUGGAUUUGUGCUCCUCUCUCCUCCCUCUCCUGCACAUCAAAUGCUGUGUGUGGCAUUCAUCACCCAGCAGCUCUCGUGUGUGGCUAUCGCUGGCCUUGGGCAUUGUGGUUUUUAGUACAUGUUGGUGGUUUUGUUAUUUUUGUGUAGAGAAGAAUUUAGCUCAUGCGUGGUUUUUUUUAGGCUCCCCCUUCCUUGUGUGUCUUUCCUAACUUGUGCUCCUUCUUGAAUCACGUAGAGUUGUGCUUGUUUUCUGCUCUCAGCGUUGUCCUGUUAAAUGCCAGUCUGUCUCUGAUGUUUGCAGUCAGUGGUUUGUUCUGUUUGUCCCUCUCUUCUUGAGAGGCUUGAGUUAUGUUUUCAGUAGUACAGGCUAUUUUGCCGAUAUGAAGGGAACUUUUCAGAAAGAGACCUGCUCUAGGUCAUUAAAUUUUGAAUACAGUUUUCAAUCGUUCAAGUUUUGGAUGGUUUAUAUCUAAUGUGUGUUUCAUUUUUUUGGAAAGCUCUAUUUUGUAUUUAGAAAAUGAUAAACUAUUUUGCUAUUUGUACUGAGUGAGUACAUUGGCAUAAAUAAUAUAUAUAUAUAUAUAUAUAAAUAUAUAUACAUAUAUUCACACACAUAUAUUCUUUUUGCCACAGGUUUUUGUGGUAAAAGUGUGAGUUUGUUGUCUGUUCCCCCACAACAUGGCGUCUAGUAGCUGGGGACAGGGGAAGUUUUUUUGUUAAGUCUUCACAAUGUGUUUUAAGUAUUUUUCACAGCAGACGUGAUUUGUUCAUCUCUGGCCAUUCCAUCAGGCAGCCUCUGUGCUGAUUGGCUGUGGGGGCAGCUUCACUGCCAAGGUGACACAUGUUCAUCUCUCUGCAGUGUGACUUGCCAGGGGAAUCCUUUGGCAUGAGCCAUUCAGCUUUCAGUCAUGGUUAACAUCUAAUAUUUUAUUGCUAGCUUUUUAAUUUAUAAUAACACUAAAAGGCUCAUAAUGUCUGUAGCUACAUUGAGCUUACUUCUCUUACCAUUUUGUUUUUUAAUUUGCUGAGAGGUGUUGAGGAUAAGGAGCAGCAGCUAUGUGCCUAACCCUGAAUGAGGAGGCAGGAAGGCAUGUACCAAGCCAAUGGCAUUUGCUUUCACUUCUUGGUAUCCUCCAGCUGGGUCCGGGACUGCCUGCCUGCCUGCUUCUGAAAGGCAUUUGGUCCCAGGCUGUGAUGGCAGCUUUAUGGAGCUGACGUGUAUGGGGAGAAGUGAGUAGGGGCCACAGGUCAACCUACGUGCUGCUGUGUCUUGUUCACUUCUGUGGCAUCAGGAUUGUCCGGGGCGGGGGGGGGAGUGCCAAGUCACCAGGGACCAAUCCUCUCUUGAACCAAGUUUUCUGCCCAGAUCAUCUCUCGCCACUUCUCUCCAGACUACUCCACCCCUGCAGGCAUCCAUCUUCUCUUUGUUAAAAGAGCACCUGCUGCUGCUCUGUGCAAAACGGUGAAGUUCAUGAUGUUUGGUUGUUUCAUUUCUAACUUCUUUUGGUCCAUUUUAGGUCAAUAUUUAAAUGUGCAACAUUUUAAACAUGUGAUUUGGUUACAAAAUAGUCUGUCUUUGGAACAAGGGUCUGCUCAGUGGCUGGCAGAGGCUGGUGCUGCUCCUUUCCUACAGCUUUUUGGGGUGGGGAGGGCCUGUGGUGGUGGAGGAGCCUCUAAAGGCUUUUCUAGAGACACUUGCAUGGUGCUGGAACUUCUGUGACCUUCUGAGGGGCAUCUUGUUUCCUUUGCGUUCUUAGUCCCAGUUUGGCAUUUGGAACUUCUGCUGGGCCCAUUCAUUCUUCUCUGCUGCAUCAGCCCCCAAGGAGAAGGAUCAGACUACGUAGUGGGUGGCAGGUGGACGUAAUCACCAGAGCCCGUUUCAAGCUACAGGAGGCAAUUCCUUUUGUCCCUUUCAUGCACAAUCCUGACUGCCGUCCCAUCCGUCCCCUUCAUCCACUAGCAAGCGCUCUGGAUGAAGCAGCAUUAGGCAUUGGUUUUUGUAAAAGUAUAAAAACUCUGGGAAUAGGCUCUUGGAAAGAUACUAAUGGUCAAGAGAGAGCAGUCCACCUAGACAUCCCGAUUUGCUUUCCCUCCUCUCAUUUGCCACUCCCAACAAAGAAACAUGCUUUUGUUUUUGUGUCCUUUCCUGAGGGCUGGUUCAGUAACCCUCACGCAUGCAGCAUUAGAGGCAGCGCUGGCCAGACCAGGAGGUGUCUCGCCAAAUGCGCUUCCUUUCCCUGCUAAUAAGCACCUUGGUCAUAACCCAGUCCUCUGAGGAACAGUUGAAGGACGUUCACAUUUUUAGCCUGGGCAAGAAACAGUUAAGGGGAGAUUUGAUAGCUGUCUUUGAAGGGCUGUCACACAGAUGAUGAGAGCAAGCUAGUUUUCUCUUUCCCCAGGGGGAAGGGUCAGUGUGUUCAAAUCACAAGAAAAAGGGUUCAGACUAAACAUUAGGAAGAUCUUCCUGCCAGUCCAGGCUGCUUGAGACUGUUUCAGAAGGUGGCAGAUUCUCAUUUAAGCAGAAGCUGGACAGUCACCUAUGAGGGAGGGUACGGCAGAUGAGUUUCUGCAUUGGAAGACCUGUGAGGCCCCUUUCAACUCCUUGAUUCUAACCCUCUCCUCUACUCUGUGCCAGCCACAGCCCAUUUUGGGGGUGCUGCUACCGCUCCCAGCAGCACAAAGUUGGCUUUCCUUAAGCCCUUAGGUGGUUGAGUGUCAUCUGGGAUCCAUCUCCUCCUCCACCUGCCAUCAUUUGUAUUGGUUCUCUGCCCACUGGAAUCCAGCUUGUUUGGAAUGAAGCAAGGCUUUGUUUUAUACACUAUCUGGACCUGCUGAGAGACCAGGAUUCUCCUUGCGUCCCUCUGUCCUGACUGCCAUUUGCAGAACUCAUGAGAGGGUGCCCCCUGCCCCGCAGACUUCCAUUUACUCUUGGCAACAGUCCCAACAGUUAGAAAUCUGCUCUCCCUGUUGAUCGUGCUGUAAUCCUUACGCACUCCCUUUCUCUUGCUCUCUUCCCCCCCCCUGUGCAUUUUUCUUCCUACCUUCCUGCGGUGCUUGCUUAAAACAGCACUCAAGCCAGCCAGCCACCCAGCAGCCCCUUCCAAUAUCCUGCAAUGUGAAUGUAGCCUCAGAUGGCCCCGUGUGUGUUUUGUGUGUCCCUGGCUUGUGUAGGUGGGUUUCUCAGAGCACUGAUACCAGUUUUCAGUUUAUUCUAUUUGGGGGGGGGGGAGGGGGGACCUCAUUUGCAUUUGUUUUUAGCUAUCCUGUGAUACCUUGUUGAAUAUUACAAGAGAGAUAUUUUGCUUCUAUUGAGACAUUUGUAUACUUGCAAUUAUAUUUCUGUACACAGCUGCAGUCAAGAAUAAAACUUUGAAAGUU